AUGAAUGGUUUUGAAGAUGAAGUUGAUGAUUUGAAGUUUCAAUUACUGGAUAAGCUUGCCGUAGUAAUGGUGAAAUUUUUUUCUAGUGGUUACCCGUCGAGUUCGAGGCAUCCUUCCGUCUCUAAUUCGUAUUAUUACUCAAGGGGUGGAGGCGCAUCAAUCUCUUCAAACGCACCCUCACCAGUCUUAGCUUCUUCAUACGGGAGAACACAGAGGUAUCCUGGUGUUAUGGAUUAUCCAGGGCCAACUAGCAAUCGGCGUUACCAUGGCGGGCCUAUGGAAGACGAUUCACCGUCGUAUUUUGUGGAACAUUUAGCUUCGUUUGCUGUUGGUCGGGAGUAUGGGCUGUUGUCUGCUAGUGAUGGAGUUAGGAAAUUAAAACAAUUGGAAAAAAAUAGCGCUAUUUGGGCCCAACCUCUCAUACUACGACUUAAGCCAAACGUAAUAUCAGUUGAAGACGAGAAUGGGGAUCCAGUGGAAGAAUUUCCAAUGGAUUUGGUCAGUGAUCCAAGUGCUCAUAUUUCCCCAGAUCCUCGUGACGUUCAUAAUAAUAUUGUUUUAUUUAUCGUUAGGGAGAAUAGUCAGAGAGGAAGAAUUGUUCAUCCCACUGAAAUGCAUAUUUUCCAAUGUAAUCGUGUUUCUGCACAAGAGGUGGUGGAUGACAUGAAGGCUUACCUGAUGGGACAGGUACAGCUUGUACGUGCUGGUCGCCGAGAUACCGGGUACGCGACUAAUCCGGCUCCACCUUUCCAGUAUAACUAUCCUCAACAAAGUAAGCCGGACAGAUAUGAAAAUGCAUCAGCUAGUUCAGAUUCUACUGAAUAUUUUGAAAAAGAAGUUAAUACAUUGAAUCGUUGCUUCGACGAUAUUGAGCGUUUUGUUGUCCGAAUUCAAUCAGCUGCGAUGGCUCAGAAAGAACUGGAACAGCAAGCUCAACGAUUUCGGACAGCUCAGAGAGGGAAACGUGGAUCUAAUGCUCCUCCUCCACCAGAAAGUGGGAUUCUUCAAAUGAGAGCUCAAAUGCCUGCCGAACGUGAAUUUCUUGAUAUUUUUCAGAAAUUCAAAUUGUCGUUCAAUUUACUGGCAAAACUGAAAAACCAUAUUCACCAGCCAAAUGCUCCUGAGUUACUGCAUUUUCUUUUCACUCCGUUGAUGAUUAUUCUUGAUGCAUGUGAGUGGGGGCUUGGAAGAAAAUUAGCUCCACAGGUUCAAUCACCUUUGAUAUCACGUGAAGCUCGAGAGCUAAUGCAAAAUUGUUUGACGAGUAAAGAAUCAGAUGUUUGGAUGUCGCUCGGAAGCGCGUGGCGCGUACCACCAGAAGACUGGAUAGGUCCUUUGCCGAAACCAUAUCAUCCGAUAUUCAUAGAUGGCUUCGCACCUUAUGGACCUCCUGAUAUGAGUGAACCUCCUUUACCACAAUCCUACGGUAGCCGUUAUCAGCCUACUCCUCAACCUCAACCACAACCGAUCCACCGAGGAGUCAGUGCUCCUCCUCCUCAAACUAAUUCUUACCACCAUCAACCGCCUAUAAGAGAUCGAUCUGUAGACAAUUUAAACAUCGAUUUGGAUCGCAUGAAUCUCGAAAAGGAGCGGCUUGAUUUUGAACGAGAAAAAAUUGCUGAAAAACGGAGACUUUUUGAAGAAGAACGAAGAUUACAUCAUGAACAACAAAGAUUAGCCGCAGAAAAAGAACUUAUGGCUCAGGAAGCCGAGCAGAGGAUGAUGCCAAACAAUUAUCCUUCGAGGCCUCCUGAGCCUCGCCAAGAGUCUCCGACAAUGGUACGUCGGUCUAUGCAGCAGUAUCCUCCAAAUGUCAAUGGUGGUGUAGAUAUGCCUUCACUAGGACCAAUAAAGUUGCCAGAUCAAAGUCCGAGACAAAAAUCGUUUGCUAACGAUAUUAUGGCGAGAAGAGCUAUAUUGGCACAGGCUACAUUCGACCGGGUAGCUCAAAACGCUAAGGAGUUAACAAUUUCACGUGGAGAAUAUCUUGAGGUUUUAAAUGACAAAAAGAAUUGGUGGGAGUGCACAAAUAUGCACCAUCGGGUAGGCUAUGUGCCUCGUACAAUUCUGGCUGUUAUUAAUUACGAAGAUGUCUCGCCUGUUCCACACAGUCAGCAAGAGUCAGCCAUGUACGCUCCAGAACGACCAAGUGGAGUUACAGCUCCUCCUCCACCAAAUUCGAACAUCCAACCCGUUCGAGCAGGUAUGAUGAACGAAGAUACGCCAGAUUAUAUCAAACAGCGGCAAGGCAAACGUGGAGAAUUCAGAUAUUUCUAA